GCCCGAUGUACUAUAAGGGAGUGUACCAUCUAUUUUAUCAAUAUAAUCCUAAAGGUGCAGUUUGGGGUAACAUUGUGUGGGGCCACUCAAUAUCAAACAACCUCAUAAAUUGGAAAGAACUUGAACCUGCUCUUUAUCCAUCUAAACCCUUUGACAAAUAUGGGUGUUGGUCUGGGUCAGCCACCAUCCUCCCGAGUAAAGGACCUGUGAUCCUCUAUACUGGAGUUGUUGACAAGCAUAGCAAUGAGGUCCAAUGCUAUGCCAUACCUGAAAAUACAUCUGACCCGUUUCUCAAAAAGUGGAUAAAACCCAAUGGAUUCAACCCUAUUGUGAUCGCGGAACACAACAUGAACGGUAGUGUGUUCCGCGACCCAACCACCGCGUGGCGGGGCAAGGAUGGGCAUUGGAGGAUGUUGAUUGGUGGCAGAAGGAAAAAUAGAGGGAUGGCAUAUUUGUAUAGGAGCAAGGAUUUUAUGAAAUGGGUUCAGGCCAAGCACCCGAUCCAUUCAGCCGCAACCACAGGUAUGUGGGAAUGCCCAGAUUUUUACCCGGUUUCUUUGAAAGGAAAAAACAGGUUAGACACAUCCUUGGUUGGGAAUAGCAUUAAGCAUGUUCUCAAGAAUAGCCUUGACAUGACUAGAUAUGAAUACUAUACGGUUGGAAGGUAUUUAUGGAAUAAGGAUACAUAUAUCCCAGAUAACACUUCAGAGGAUGGUUGGGGUGGCCUUAGAUAUGAUUAUGGCAACUUUUAUGCUUCCAAGUCUUUCUUUGACCCAAGCAAGAAUCGAAGGAUCUUGUAUGGCUGGGCAAAUGAAUCAGAUUCCAAAGAGGAUGAUGUUAAGAAAGGAUGGGCUGGAAUUCAGGCAAUUCCAAGAACUGUAUGGCUUGAUUCUAGGGGGAAACAGUUGGUACUAUGGCCUAUCGAAGAAUUAAACAGUCUUAGAGAGAAAGAAGUUCAAAUAAGCAACCAAAAGCUUAAAAAGGGAGAUUAUGUUGAAGUUCAAGGGAUUACUGCUGCUCAGGCUGAUGUGGAAGUUACCUUCUCAUUCUCAAGCUUGGACAAAGCAGAGACAUUUGAUCCUAAGUGGGUGAAUGCACAAGAUCUCUGUGCACAAAAGGGUUCAAAGAUUCAAGGUGGGGUUGGACCAUUCGGCCUUCUAACAUUGGCUUCAGAAAAACUAGAGGAGUUUACUCCUGUGUUCUUCAGAAUUUUCGAAGCUCCAAACAAGCAUGUGGUUCUCAUGUGCUCUGAUGCAAGAAGUUCCUCACUGAAGAGUGAGUUGUACAAGCCAUCAUUUGCAGGCUUUGUAGAUGUGGGUUUAGCCAAUAAGAAACUAUCACUUAGGAGUUUGAUUGAUCACUCCGUUGUGGAGAGUUUUGGAGCUGGAGGGAAAACAAACAUCUUAUCUAGGGUUUAUCCAACGAUAGCUGUGAAGAAAAAAGCUCACUUGUUUGUGUUCAAUAAUGGUACUGAGCAUAUCACCGUGGAGAACCUGAAGGCAUGGAGCAUGGGAUCUGCUCAUAUAAACUAA